AAAAACGAAUCUGUCACUGUCAAAACAAAACAAUCGGCGUCUAGCUUUAUUUGCCAUUUUUGUGAAAAUUUUUAAUUUUCAUCCAUAAUCAUCGCGUUAAAUUAGUGCGUUAGUUAUUAUUUUUGUAGUACGUGUAUAACUACAACUUUCAGAAUGUCGAUAGGUGUGCCUAUUAAAGUACUGCAUGAAGCGGAAGGUCAUGUAGUGACCUGCGAAACGAAUACCGGCGAAGUGUACCGCGGGAAGCUGAUCGAAGCUGAGGAUAACAUGAAUUGUCAGAUGACGCUGGUGACGGUGACGUAUCGGGACGGCCGUGUCGCGCAGCUGGAGAAUGUGUACAUUAGAGGGUCAAAGAUCCGAUUCCUGAUACUGCCGGACAUGCUGAAGAAUGCACCAAUGUUCAAACGACAAGGCAAUAAGCCAACUGCCGGUCGAGGGAAAAGUGCAAUAUUACGGGCACAAGCGGCGGGGCGCGGGCGGGCGGGCGGUCGCGGCGGCCGCGGCGGCUGGCAGGGCGGCUCGGGCCCGUCGCGGCGCUAGCAGGGCCCCUCUCACGGGGCCGCACUCUAGCUUUAAGUACCUAGUGCUCUAGCACAUAAGUGGACUACCAAGAUGUGUGCACCAUAUUUCAUUUUCCCUUGUAAUUUGUCCAACAAUUGACUUAAUAAAUGGGGUAUUUUACAAUGAGCAGGGACCCAUAAGUUACAAGAUGUAACAGGGCAAGUUCUCUUAUGUGAUUAUUAUUCCCUCAGUUGGUGAUAUGGGUACUUAGUUCAUCUUGCGAUGGAUGUACCCCUGACUACACCAAUUGGAAAUAUAGUUGUGAAUAAUCACUAAUUCAUUUAGAAUGCCUGAUAGAGAUUAUGGAUACCAAUUUGCAACGAGACACAAUGUACACUUCAUUAUUGUGUUUACAAUUUUGACAGAUAUGGGAUUAGUGGCAACUGUUUUAGCAACUACCUAUACGAAAAAACGGAAUUCAAACAGUUCACAGUAUGGAUAUACUGUAGGAGACAUAUCUGCUUGUUAUAGAAUACCCCAUGACAUGACGCUAGUGCUCCUGUAUGUGUAUGGAGUAGAGGCUGACAGCCGUGUGUAUGACGAUUGUGGUAUUAUGUUGUGUGCAGACUGAGUGGACUUCAAUAAAGUCAAAGUUUACCAGUU